AUGGUGGCCCUGAAUGCAGCUCUUUCUUCCAGUUGUGAGCUGGGAUUUGAAAAGUAUUAUGAACAGUUGAAUGCACAUGUUCAUGCCUGUGGCCCACAACCACCACUGUUGAUUAUUGGGAAUUCUGGAAUUGGGAGAUCUUUAUUACUGGCAAAAUGGACGCAACUUCAUCAGGAGAAAUACCCAAGCAGUCUUGUGAUGUGUCAUUUUGUUGGUUCUGAAUCAUCUGUUGGUGCUGAUGCUAUCCUUAUGAUACGACGUUUGACAGCUCAGCUAAUGCAACAUGUUACAUCUCCCCCAGCUUUAACUUGUAAUCCGGUACGUCUGGAAGAAGAAUUUCCUCGGUGGUUGGAAAAAGUUUCUUCAAGGUUACCAGGGGGAGUGGUGCUUGUGUUGGACUCUAUUGAUCUCUUUCAGCAAGCUGAACUCCACCUGAAGUGGCUCCUUGACCCUCUGCCUGUUGGUGUCCAUGUUAUUGCUUCUGUUAAUGAAAAGACUUGUCCACAGUCCUGGAGGCAGUGGGCUACUCUCUAUUUAGAACCACUAAGUAAGAAAAAUGUCAAAGAACUUUUACGAGCAGAAUUGGCCUUGUUUGAUAUCCGACUAAGUAUGGAAGAUGAAGCUAAAAUUCUAAACCAUUGUCAGACGGAAGAAACUUGUGCGCCACUGUUUAUUAUGGUUUUGGUCAGACAUAUUGUAUGGACACUGAAGCAUGAAGGUCAGUUGACAUCUUACCUUGACACUCUGCUCACCUGUCAGGAUUGUGUAGAUUUGUAUGUCUGUGUCAUUGACAAGGUUCAAUCACUGUGGGAGAUAGAUGACGUCAGACAAAUGAUGAUGAAGGUACUGAAAUUGCUGUAUGUGUCUCGUAAUGGCUUAAAUGAGAAUGAACUCUUGGCUCUUGUCCCUGGCCUGACUUGGCCCCUAUGGACAUCCAUGUUCAAUGCUCUUACUGAUCAGCUGGUUACCAAAUACCAAACGGGGCUUGUCAUGCCUGCUCAUCUUCAGACAUCAAAGGCUUUGUACAAAUUUUUUCAGACCGAAAUUUUUUUGAAAAAUUGUAUUUUAAAUCUUUGUGUGUUCCAACGUCUUUAUGCCAGGGGGCGCUGUGCUGAACUGAUUUCCUAUUGGCAAUUGAUAGGAGCUGAUAAAACAAGGAUGGCCCAGGCAUAUCUUACCCAGACAAAGUACAUGGAAGAAGUUCUGAACCAGUCAAAUCUAAACAUUAACAUCUCAGGGAUUGCUGACAUGCAUGAAUUGGCUGAACCUCUCAAACGGCGAGCCCUAAUCAUUAAGAAGAAAACCCGUGGACCUCGUAUUAGUACCGGCCAAAUUCGUAGCAUUGACCCAAUGGUACAGCGUAGAGCUCUUCAGUUAGAAGAAUUGGCAAUGGGACCAGAUUCUGCUGACCUGGCACAUACUCUAAAUGAACUUGGUGUUCUUUACUAUUUACAGAGCAACCAAGAGUAA